AUGGUAUAUUUUUUAAAUUUAACAAAAGUGUCAUCAUGGGACCCAUAUACUAAAAUUAUUAUCGUGAUAAAAUAUCUCAGUCAUGAGAGUAUGAGGGAAAUUUUCGACAUGCUUCUAGAAGUACACGUGGUCAAUGUUUUGCUUCUUAACGACACUGCAACCGUCGAUCUCUUCACCUACAACCCGUACGAAAACUAUAGAUGUGGGAGACAAUACGACAGAAUAAUCGAAUUCGGUCAAUGCAACGGAGUGUCUGAGUUUAUUGAUCUAUUUUAUAAUAAAUUGAUAACGGGGUUAAAUCGAUGCAAAUUCAGAAUUACUUAUACCCACUUCCCACCUCACGCCAUCGACCCGUCAUCCAGCGACUAUUCGUUACCUGGCAUCAACCAAUACAUUCUUAAUAUGAUAGCGAAGAAAGAAAAUUUCACGACAAAAGAUACGUACAAAUAUAAUGCAGAUGAGUUUUCGAUAAUCGUCAAUGGCUCGACAGCCGUCGGCCCUCUGAGGAGAUUGCAGACAAACAAGACUGAUAUAGUGGUUGGAGUUAUGAUCCUGACGGGGCCGAGAUCGCGAGUGUUCACCUACAUUACGGAUAAUUAUGCUUCCAUAGAUUAUAUUGUUCUACAAGUUGCCCGGGCCCGAGCCGGGGAACUGGGCAACAUUCUAGAGGAGUUCCGUGGCAUUGUGUGGCUUCUAUUACUCCUUGUUUUCGUACUCUUUUCAUCCCUAUACUUCUUGAUAAACAAACAAGAAAGUAAAUCUAUCAUUCUAUUAAAACUGUUUGGGUAUUUGCUGCUUCAGAGCAGUCGAAUAAGAGGAGGCACUAAAUCGAGAUUCAUCUUAAUAUUUUGGAUUGUCUUCGCGUAUCUCAUUCAUUGUUAUUAUUUAUCUAAUUUGGUGAGCUUCAUGACCAAUCCGAUUUUGGAACAUCAGAUAUCGAGCGAGGAGGACAUCGUAAGUUACAAUUUAAAACCCUGCGUCAGUAAGGCGGUCAGGCAUAUCGUGUACAACAUACUUAACAUUACAUUUCCGAACGAAGAUGAAAAGCGAUGCGAAGGUGAUCUGGAGAGCAUACGAAUAGUCCGUAGAGAGAGUAAUAGGUACACAGUUAGCCUGUUAUCAAUGUACAAUUAUUAUGAAAAUGACUUACUAGAUGCUCAUGGAAAACCAACAAUGUAUACGAUUUCACCACCCAUGACAAAGAUCCUGUAUGCCACUUACUUGUUCAAGGGCUUUCCUAUGUAUAACAAAUUGCAACAGUACUACCUUCGAGUGGGAGAAGUUGGUUUGAUGAGCCAUCAUUUGAGUAGACUUCAGACCGAGAGGUUAAACAGUACUUGUACUUUAGGUCACCACCUCUAA